AGUAGAUAACCGCUGGUAGGACGCGAUACACCGUGCGCACGUUUUUGUCGGCGAUAUAAUGUUUUGACAACUUACGGCUGUUAGCGACCGCGUGUCAUUCCGAAUACGAUCCUCAGCGAUUUGCGAUCAACAGACGUUUAAUCGUCGACCUCUAGAGCUUAGGCUGUCAACACGAUUGCCGCACACCAUUCACGUGAUUUCCGUCGUGAAACCUGUGGCAUAUCUGUUGGGAAAACGAAUCGCGUUCAUUGUAUUUCGUUAGUUUUGCAUUAGGUCUCACCGCCAACUCGUUUACACUUCGAUCAGCGCAGCGCCUACGAUGGUAUUACAGUACACAAGCACAGCUGUUGACCCACCUGUAACGCUCCUGAGAGGUGUAGACAGCUAUGAAAAUGAUGAACUUAUUGAAAAUAUGUUACCUGAAGAUGUGUGGUUUCAUGUGGAUAGCCUCUCAUCAGCACAUGUGUAUCUAAGGUUAAAAGAGGGCCAAACAAUUGAUGAUAUUCCUAAACAAUUGUUGGAAGACGCAUGCCAAUUGGUUAAAGCAAACAGUAUUCAAGGAUGUAAAUUAGCUGAAGUUAAAGUAGUUUACACAAUGUGGUCAAAUCUUAAAAAAUUACCUGGCAUGAAACCUGGGGAAGUGUCAUUUCUGAAUCCUAGUAGUGUAAAAAAGGUUAACGUGAAAAAAGAGAAGACUAUUGUUAACAGAUUACAGAAGACCGAAAAAACUAUAGUAAUUGAUUACGAGAGUGCAAGGGCUGAGAGGGAACGAAGAGAAAUUGAGAAGAAGAAAGCAGCAAGAAAAAUUAAUUUAGAAAACAAAAAAGAAGAAGAGCGUAGAAAUCGUGAAGCUGCUGAACUAAAGUGAUUAUAAAUUAUAGUCUUACUCAUCUCUUAUGAAAACUGAAAAUAUGACAGCUAACACUGAUUACUCUGGCUACGAUUCGGACAGUUUUAUGUAAACUUUAAAAAUAAAAUUAAAAAAGGUACUUAUAAAAAUGCAGCGAGCUUAUCAUUAUAUUAUUAUUAUUUGUAGUUACUUAUUUACAUUUAAGUGAAGAAAUAUUCUGUCUGAUCAAUGUAUUUUUUUAAAAAUAAAUGAGCUUAUAUUUGAUUGUAAUAUAAAUUUCUGAUGAAUAAUAAGUUAAUCUUUUACACUUCAAAAUACCAGUACAUUAUUAUUAUUAUUUAAUUCUUGUAAAUUAAUUAUAAGAAAUACUUUAAAAUUGUUUUAAAACAUAUACUUCCAAUAAACUAAUAAUUUUUUUUUAAAUUAAAUGAA